CCAGGCCGGGAAGGGCCGGGGGUCCAGGGACAAAAGCUGCCCAACAGGACGAGCUUGGGACGCUCACAGCCGUGCAAUCCUCUGGUCCUGCGCCAGAGAGAGCGAUCUGAGCGGCUCCUCCAAAGGAGCUCGCUGCGGGCUGCGGGGACGGUGGAAGUCCGCUGGCGCCUUUCUUCUGAGGACGACCCUGGCCUUGACCAUCAGAGCAGGGGACCGAGGCCAAAGGAGGCUUCCCCAGGCCCCGCGCAGUCCUGCGCGCCCUCCCGGGCUCCUCCAGCCCUUGUCCAACGUCGCCCUCGCGCGCCGCACUUCCCAGCUCGGAUGCCGGCGCCCGGCCGGGGCCCCCGCGGGCCGCCGCUGACCAUGCCCGGGCGCCGGGGGGCGCUGCGCGAGCCGGCUGGCUGCGGCUCCUGCCUGGGGGCGGCGCUGGCCCUGCUGCUGCUGCUGCUGCCUGCCGGCUGCCCGGUGCGGGCGCAGAACGACACGGAGCCCAUUGUGCUGGAGGGCAAGUGCCUGGUGGUGUGCGAUUCGAGUCCGUCGGCGGACGGCGCGGUCACCUCCUCCCUGGGCAUCUCCGUGCGCUCCGGCAGCGCCAAGGUGGCCUUCUCCGCCACGCGGAGCACCAACCACGAGCCGUCCGAGAUGAGCAACCGCACCAUGACCAUCUACUUCGACCAGGUAUUAGUAAAUAUUGGCAACCAUUUCGAUCUUGCCUCCAGUAUAUUUGUAGCACCGAGAAAAGGGAUUUAUAGCUUCAGCUUCCACGUGGUCAAAGUGUACAACAGACAGACCAUCCAGGUCAGUCUAAUGCAGAACGGCUACCCGGUGAUCUCAGCCUUCGCAGGAGACCAGGAUGUGACCAGAGAAGCUGCCAGCAACGGUGUCCUACUGCUGAUGGAAAGGGAGGACAAAGUGCAUCUCAAACUGGAGAGGGGGAACCUCAUGGGAGGCUGGAAGUACUCCACGUUCUCGGGCUUCUUGGUUUUUCCUCUAUAAACACAGAGUCCUCAGUCCGUGGGGAAGUUGCGAUCUGGACACCGGACUGCGCCCUUCCUCAACACCCUGAACUUGCCAGAAUAGGACCACUAAUUUCCCACCUCCAUCAGAUGGUUGAAGUAGAAGAAUGAUUUCCUUCCAAAUCUCCAGUAUUUUCUUUGACUAUAGACCAUUCCUUGGGAACCUGGCUUCUAAUUAGUUUUAGACGACAAGGUCUGAAGGAGAAAUGAAAUUAUCGAUUUGAGCGAUUUGUACCUGUGAUUGUAAAGUCAAUAUUGGAUCUUAUUGUGGGGACCGUUGGCUUUUCUUCUUUUGUUUGUUUCUUGUAUUGUUGCCCCCACGCGAGGAGUGCCGCUGACCCCAGGAUGGAUGGCAGGUCGCAGGCAGCGCUCAGAGAGGAGCCCUGCAAAUCACCACCCGCUGGAGAGUCCUUGAAAUGUGUUCUUUGUGUGUCUGUUCAGCCUUAAGAAAAAGAAUGGCUUCACUUUCAUUUUGUGUUUUCCCCUGGGUGGACGGGAGGCCUCGGGAGGGGGAAGGGGACGUUGUGAAUCUGUCAAGAAGUGCUUUAUCCGGAGAAGCAAAUUUUGCACGAUUGAACUGCGACUUUUGCUUUGUGGUGUGUGUGUGUGUGUGUGUGUGUGUGUGUGUUUGUUUUUUGUGUCUUUUUUUUUUU